AUGCACGGGACAACCGACGAUCCAGUAGCAACACCACGAUACUGGCCGCGCAUGGACCGCGUGGGGAACACUCUUGAGUCUUCACGCGAUGUUGUUGUCUUACAUGCCACCCUUGGCACCCACGUCAUACCAUACAAGCGUGCACCGAUUACACAUGAUUCAUCGAAUCGACGACACCGAAACCAACCACAAACAAAGAUGGCCACCACUGUGAUAGCCCCAAGACAACCCUGCACCUGCAAUCACACUCACCACCACCACCACAAUAACACCCAAGAUGCGCCACCACGUCGUUCACCCCAGAAACAAUUCAUAGUUCCCCCGCUCUCGUUCCAGCUUGUCGCAACCGGCGUCUACCGCAGCGGCUACCCUCUCGAGAUCAACUUUCCCAUGCUCGAGCGCCUCUGCCUCAAGACCAUCAUCUACCUCGGCGAUCAGGACUACCUCCCUGAGAACCUUGCCUGGUGCUCGUCUCACAACAUCAAGCUGUACCACUACCGCCAGCCUGCCGAACCAUCCGUCGGGUGCAUGAGGCGGGUGCUGCAGGGAUGGAGUCUUGCAGCAACGCAUGCGGAGUAUGGCAGAUAUGCGGGUGAGAAAGGAGAGGCGGAUUUAGAGUUCAUUGAGCUAUUUAAUCCGGAGCUGACUUACGAAGAGGAGUGGGCGCCGAGGUGGUUAAGGGAAGGACCUAAGAAGGCUACAGGUGCUAUAAAUUGA